AUGUCCUCACAGAAGAGUUCUCAUUACAAGACAGACUCCAGUAUGGAACUUGAUACUAAUAGGAAAGCAUGGAUUUUUCAACCUAGUGGUCUUAAUUACGUUUGGGGAGGUGACUCAAGAUGUUGGGUUAUCCCUAAAGAACCACGGGUGCCUGCCGAACUGAAGAUGGUAAGUUGGUUAGAAGUAACUGGUUCGUUCGAUAAGACUGAACCAGGUAAAACCUACCAAAUCGGUUGCAAAAUCUCGUUCAAACCGGAGGCUACAGGUUGGGACGGUGCCCCACUAGUCAUGUCUGCUAAAGUAGGAAAGAAAGGCAAGACGGUGUGGAAGAAAAUCAAAUCUGUCAACCAGAACAAAUUCGGAUCCGAACCGGUCAAUAUACCUGACGAAUCUGAUGGCCGGUUCGAAAUCUUGGUUAGCUCCACAGCGGAUAACCAAGACACCAAGCUUCAGUUUGGUCUCUACGAGGUGUGGACCGGACGAUGGAAGACCGGUUUGCUGAUCUAUGAAGCCUUUGUUCAAGAAGCGUAA